AUGGAGGAGGAGGAGGAGAAGGAUGAGGAAAGGGAGGAUGAGGAGGUCUCGUCUGCUGGAAGCUCCCCACUUCGCGAGCUCCACGUACCGGAUGAGAUGUAUGAUGAUCUCGACGAAAGUGUAUGGGAAACAAUUAAGAAAGCGCAAGGCGAUAUCAAGGCAAAGCUAGCUCGCCGCAGGGCAUGGCCCACACUUAAUACACUCAUGAUUAGAGGUUUCAAGUGCGUGCUUGAUGAUCCAAAUUUUGUUCCUGACCCUGAAACUGCAAGAAAGGUGGUGCUUUAUGCUGCUCCAUCUGUGGUUGGACUUACAUCCACUGUUGAUGGUAAGCCGCUAGCACGCUGCUGUGGUUUCUGGGUUCAUUGGGAUGAGAAGAAUAAGAUUGGCACGGUUUUGACAACAUCACGUCUAAUUUGCACCAAGUCAUCGUCCAUGAACGCCUGGUUAGGACAAGAAAAGUAUGAUAUUGAUGCUGAGGUUCUUGUUCACCUGCGGGGUAACACCACCGAAAAGGCCCACCUGCAGUAUCUUCAGAAGCACUAUGAUUUGGCCUUUUUCAGUGUUAAAGUAGAUCAGCCUGUCCAUAUACUGCUUUACAAUGAUGGUGUGAAACACGCUGACAAAGUUUUUGAGCUUGGAAGAGAUGAGAGUUCGUUUCUACGGAUAAGCCAUGGUGUGGUGAAAAACUCGAAACCAAACUUGCUUCAAAGAUAUCACUAUAUGCAUGUAGAUGGUGCAGAUCUACAUGCUAAGUAUGGCAAGGGAGGGCCACUCAUUGACUUUGAUGGAAAAAUUGUGGGAAUGGUCAAUGGCAACACGAGAGGGUCAUUUAUGCCAUCUUCCAUUUUAGUCAAGUGCUUACAGCUAUGGAGGAAAUUUCAGUGCAUCCCUCGGCCUCACCUUGGAAUGAAGUUUUGGUCAAUCAAGUUUGUAGACAUUGCCCUUGCUGAGAAUAUAUUGUACAUGUGCAAUAUUGAUGAUGGCCUAAUUGUUAAAGAGGUGUCAGAAGGCUCUCUCGCUGAAAAACUUGGAAUACGAGACGGUGAUGUCAUCAGAUGUGUUAAUGGAAAACACAUCUCUACUACAGUUGAGUUAGAGAAUUUGUUGCUGGGCAUAUGCGAGGAUGAGAGUGGCAACCUUAAUUCUAAAGUGAAUGUUGAGCUUUGGGUAUUUCACAUACGCAAGUCUCUCUGGAGAAACAGAACAUUAACUGUAAAUGUGUCUGAUGAAGGUGAAGUUGUUGCCAAAGGAGCUCGUUAUCCUUUUGGAUCACCAAGUGGGCCCACUGAAACACCAGGAUCGAUGCAGACUUGAGGGCUUGAGGGAGACACCAUGGUCGAUACCGAAUCGCUUCGUCACAUGCUAAUGAUGAAUUUAGGGAGUUCAGGGCAGACAUGGUUUUGGUGAAGGACGAGUGUGAAACCUCCAAGUUUCUGCUAAAUGUCGUAUUCCUUUUGCAUGAAUAUGGCAACUUGUCAUGUGAGCUCCCCGUGACUCUGCACAUUUCCAGAUGUUGGUUGAGAUCUGACAC